GGCAUGUGCGUGGACUUCCAUUCCCAACGGCGAUUCAUAAUCAUCUUCCUAACUUACUGGCGUCCUCUAUACAUUUUGCCCUUUACUUCUCUCCCAUCGAUUGGAUUCAUUUGGAGGUGAAAAAGAUGUAUGUGGUGGAGAGUAAAGAAGGUGCUAUAGCAUGUAUGGUGUUGGCACUCUUGUUCUUGGGAACAUGGCCUGCACUUUUGACUCUCCUUGAACGACGAGGGCGCCUUCCUCAGCACACAUAUCUUGAUUACUCCAUAACCAACUUAUUAGCUGCUGUAAUCAUUGCCUUAACCUUUGGUGAGAUUGGAAACAGCUCUAAUGAUCAUCCAAAUUUUAUCCAACAGCUUUCUCAGGAUAAUUGGAGUUCUGUCAUGUUUGCUAUGGCAGGUGGUAUUGUUCUAAGCCUUGGAAAUCUUUCAACUCAGUAUGCUUGGGCUUUUGUUGGUUUGUCAGUGACAGAAGUGAUCACUUCAAGUAUAACAGUUGUUAUAGGUACAACAUUGAACUACUUUCUUGAUGACAAAAUCAAUAAAGCUCAGAUACUUUUCCCUGGUGUUGCUUGCUUUUUGAUUGCUGUUUGCCUUGGCUCUGCUGUUCACUCAUCCAACGCAGCUGAUAACAAAGCAAAACUCGAAACUUUGUCGGUUGAUACGAACAAAGGAUCUAACACAACUGAUGUUCCUCCCAAGUCAAGCCAGGCAGACUUGGAAAGUGCUGAUUAUUCUUCAUUGAAGCCAAAAGCUGGGACUGCAGAUUUUCUUGUUCAACUUGAGAAUAGAAGAUCCAUUAAGGUGUUUGGUAAGAGCACAGUCAUUGGAUUGUUCAUAACUUUCUUUGCUGGUGUUUGCUUUUCUCUCUUCUCACCGGCAUUCAAUUUGGCAACAAACGAUCAAUGGCACACUCUAAAGGACGGCGUUCCGCACUUGGCGGUCUACACUGCGUUCUUCUACUUCUCGGUCUCUUGUUUCGUCAUAGCCAUCGUUCUCAACGUCGUCUUCCUUUACCACCCUGUACUUAACUCGCCAAAAACAACAUUCAAGGCAUAUGUGAAUGACUGGAAUGGUAGAGGAUGGGCCUUCUUGGCUGGAUUCUUGUGUGGCUUUGGCAAUGGUCUGCAGUUUAUGGGUGGUCAAGCUGCUGGUUAUGCAGCAGCAGAUGCUGUGCAGGCGCUUCCACUCGUGAGCACGUUUUGGGGAAUCCUUCUAUUUGGAGAAUACCGUAGAUCGUCCAAGAAAACAUAUGCUUUGCUAAUCAGCAUGUUGUUAAUGUUCAUGGUGGCUGUUGGGGUCCUAAUGGCUUCGUCAGGACAUAGAACUGAAAGUUGAUAUUGCAAAAGCGUAGAAGAACUGUACAAAAUGAAAGCACAUCUUCAAAACUCACAAGGAAAUUAUCACAGCCUUAGAUACCAUACUAAAACAAAAGCAUCAUGAUAGUUGUAGAAUGAUUCAGUAAUAGAAGGCAAUCACUGUUGUUCAAAAUGUGGAAAUUGUUCCUCUGUAGAAUGUAAUAAUAUUUCAGAAACUUUGUGUAAUAAAGUAUACAGUUUUCACAGAAAUGGGAUUGGUUUUCUGUCUCGGAAUGAAAGAGAUCUGGCUUGUAA